AUGAGAGAAGUCAUUAGUAUUCACGUUGGACAGGCUGGUAUUCAAAUAGGAAAUGCUUGCUGGGAAUUGUUUUGCCUUGAACAUGGAAUUCAACCCGAUGGUCAAAUGCCAAGUGACCAGGUCGUUGCUGGGGGUGAUGAUGCCUUUAAUACAUUUUUCUCAGAAACGGGAGCUGGAAAACAUGUACCACGCUGCGUAUUCGUCGAUUUAGAACCUACCGUCGUUGAUGAAGUUCGAACAGGAACAUAUCGUCAGCUAUUUCACCCUGAACAAUUAAUAUCAGGAAAAGAAGAUGCUGCAAAUAAUUUCGCUAGGGGUCACUAUACCAUAGGGAAAGAAAUUGUUGAUGUAUGUUUGGAUAGGGUUCGAAAGCUAGCUGAUAAUUGUACUGGUUUACAAGGAUUUUUAAUGUUUAAUGCUGUAGGUGGAGGUACAGGUAGUGGUCUUGGCUGUUUAUUAUUAGAAAGGUUGGCAAUUGAUUAUGGAAAGAAAUCCAAAUUGAAUUUUUGUUCUUGGCCAUCUCCUCAAGUCUCUACAGCUGUGGUAGAACCAUACAAUUCUGUAUUAUCCACUCAUUCGUUAUUAGAACACACAGAUGUAGCAAUUAUGCUUGAUAAUGAAGCAAUAUAUGAUAUAUGUAAGAAGAAUUUAGAUAUAGAAAGGCCAACAUAUACAAACUUGAAUAGAUUGAUAGCUCAAGUUAUAUCUUCUUUAACAGCAUCUUUAAGAUUUGAUGGUGCCUUAAAUGUUGAUGUAACAGAAUUUCAGACUAACUUGGUACCUUAUCCUAGAAUCCAUUUUAUGUUAUCAUCUUAUGCUCCUAUCAUAAGUGCAGAGAAAGCAUAUCACGAACAAUUAUCCGUUUCAGAAAUAACUAAUUCUGCAUUCGAACCUGCAUCUAUGAUGGCUAAGUGUGAUCCUAGACAUGGAAAAUAUAUGGCUUGUUGUUUAAUGUAUAGAGGAGAUGUAGUACCAAAAGAUGUGAAUGCAGCUGUUGCAACUAUUAAGACAAAGAGAUCUAUACAAUUUGUUGACUGGUGUCCUACUGGUUUUAAAUGUGGAAUAAAUUAUCAACCACCUACAGUCGUACCAGGAGGAGACCUAGCCAAAGUCAUGAGAGCUGUUUGUAUGAUCAGUAACUCAACAGCAAUUGCAGAAGUAUUCUCAAGAAUGGAUCAAAAAUUUGAUUUAAUGUAUGCAAAAAGAGCAUUUGUUCAUUGGUAUGUAGGUGAAGGUAUGGAAGAAGGAGAAUUCAGUGAAGCUAGAGAAGAUUUGGCUGCAUUAGAAAAAGAUUAUGAAGAGGUAGGAAUAGAAUCUAAUGAUGGAGAGGGAGAGGAUGAAGGAUACGAAUGA